AUGGAGAAGUCUGCUCCAGCUGCGACGGGCGAAGCGCAAGAAGGGGGCAAUUAUAGCUUUGGAUAUGAAGACAACCUGCCGGACGAGUUGAAGAAAGGCUUUACACCCUUCGAUAAGAAAGAUAUGCAUCGUAUGGGCAAGAAACAGGAGUUCAGGAGAAACUUCAAAAUGGUAUCUGCCAUUGGUUUCACAACCUGUGUCAUGGGCACCUGGGAAAUCGCUUUGACUUCGAACAAUGCAGCAUUGACCGCGGGUGGGAAAGCUGGCUACUUCUGGUCGUUGGUAUGGUGUGCCAUCGGCCAGGCGUUCAUCGUCCUCUCGAUUGCAGAGAUGGCUUCAAUGGCACCAACGGCUGGAGGACAAUACCAUUGGGUCUCGGAAUUCGCGCCUCCACGCAUUCAGAAAUCGCUGAGUUAUAUCUCAGGAUGGCUGUCCACAAUCUGCUGGCAGAGCAUCAUCGCUGCCGGUUGUUGGGUUAUUGGCAACAUCAUCCUGGCUCUGGCAUCGAUUAACAAUGUGGAUUUUGCCCCAACACUCUGGCAAGCCACCCUCAUUAUAUUCGCCGUGGUUAUCGCCAUAUCCCUCUUCAACAUCUUCGCUGCAAAGCAAUUGCCCUUGGCAGAAGGUCUUUUCGCCCUGUUCCAUAUCUUGGCCUGGUUCCCAAUCGUGAUCACCCUCUUAGUGCUUUCACCCAAGGAUUCCGGCCGAAACGUGUUCCUCACGUUCACUGACAAUGGUGCGGGAUGGCCAAACUUGGGCUGGGGUGCGUUUGUUGGACAAGUGUCAGCGAUGUGGACUUUGAUCGCUUCCGACUCCGUCGCCCAUAUGUCCGAGGAAGUCGAGAAUGCCAGUGUCAUCGUCCCGCGCAGUAUGGUGAUCGCCUAUGCCUUAAACGUCCCAUUCGCCUUUGGUAUCAUCCUCACCUACCUCUUCUGCCUGGAUAGCAUCGACGACGCAGUCACAGACCCGACGGGCUUCGCGUUCAUCUACGUCUUCAAGAAAGCUACCAACAGCGCUGGAGGCGCAUCCGGCCUUACCGUUAUCAUUCUAGUCCUGAUGGUCAUGAUCACCAUCAGCUCGCUCGCCUCCACCUCUCGACAGACAUUCGCCUUCGCACGCGACAAGGGGCUGCCCUUCCAUAACUGGCUUGGGCACGUCCACCCGAGGCUCCAUGUUCCCGUCAACUCGAUCAUCUUUUCCUGCACCUACACGAUCCUCAUUUCCCUCAUCAAUGUCGGUUCGACCGUCGCAUUCUUCGCCAUCGUAUCGCUCGGCACCUCCGCGCUCAUGGCCACGUAUUUGAUCUCUAUCGGGUGCGUCGCGUACCGCCGGUUCACUGGGAUGCCGCUCCCGAAGGCGCGCUGGUCCCUGGGGAAAUGGGGGAUCGUCGUCAACUACCUGGGAAUUAUCUAUGCGUCGUGGGCGCUGUUCUGGGGGUUCUGGCCCACAUUUAAGGGCGUGACUCCGGAGAACUUCAACUGGGCCGUUGUUCUAUUCGUGGGGCUCAUGUUGAUAGCUGCCAUUCUGUACUUCGUGCAAGCGCGGCACGUGUACGAAGGCCCUGUCUCCACGGUUGAAGGCCGUCGCCGGGACGAAUAA